GAUCAUCUUCUUCCUUUCUUCUUUUUCUUUUUCUUUCUUCCUCUUUUUUCUUACUCUUCUUCCUAUAUGUCUGCUGGGUUCCGGUGGCACCCAGAUCUGCUGGGUUUCACCGGAACCCAGUUGGCUGGGUUCCAAAAGGAGCAGUUGGGCAAAGAAGCAAUUCUUAGUGGGUUUUCAUUUGUUUGGCUGGAAAAUGGUAUAGUUUGGGUGUUUGGAUGCCGAGAAAAUGCUUUGAAUUUGGGUGUUUGGAUGCUGAGAAAAUGCUUUGAAUUUGGGUGUUUGGAUGCCGAGAAAAUGCUUUGAAUUUGGGUGUUUGGAUGCUGAGAAAAUGCUUUGAAUUUGUUUGGUUGACGAGAUUGGUUCUUGAAAUUAUAAUGUUCGUUAAAGAAAAAAAAUUUGAUGAGAAAAUGGUGAUUUAAUUAUAAAUUAAUUUAGAAUUU